AUGGGUGCAAUGUCUGCUUUUUCACUUCAAUUCUUCUGUUUUGCUGUAAUGGCAACAGCUUUACUCAUAACCCCGGCACAGGCAAAUCAUCCACACUGGGGCGAAACAGUACCUUACAGCUCUCCUCCGGAGAAGAUGACAAAGCUUCACUUUUACUUGCAUGAUAAUCUAAUCGGAAGUAAUCAAACAGGUUUUAGGAUCGCUGAAGCUGCAAUUACUAAUUCUUCAUCAACAUUUUUUGGGGCAACUUUUAUGGUGGAUGAUCCAUUAACGGAAGGACCUGAUCCAGAGUCUAGACUUGUAGGUCGAGCUCAAGGUUUGUUUGGUGCCUCUGGAAUGAAUGAAACAUCUUUGAUCAUGGGACUCAGUCUUGUUUUCACUGCUGAUAAGAAGUUUAAUGGGUCUACAAUCAGUGUUUUUACACGUAAUGCUGUAACAUACACGGAACGAGAAUUUUCGAUCGUUGGCGGAACUGGAUUUUUCCGAUUCGCUCGUGGGUUUAUAAGUGCUAAGACGUACUGGACUAAUGGCUUCAAUUCUAUCAUUGAGUGGACUUGUACUGUUGUUCACAACUAA